CGUGGCUUCAACUUUCAUUCUCGACACACCCGCGCGAAAUGAACGCAUCACUUCUCAACCCUUUCAAUAUCACCUACCCCACCGCCGUCCAGACAUCUCUCCCAUCCCAGGCCCUCCAAGCACGCUUCGAUCCCUCAGGCCAAUACGUUGCCACAGCUCGAAACGACGGUUCAGCAGUCAUAUGGGAUCUGCAGACACAUGCAGCAGUGCGCUGGUUGGAAGGACACGUCAAGGGCGUGACUAGUGUCGAUUGGUCGCGGCAUUCGAGGUUUGUGUUGACGGGCUCGAAGGAUUGGAAUGUGAUUGUGUGGGAUUUGGCGUCGGAGAUAGAUCCGCCGCAGAGGAAAGCGACGAUUCGGUUCGAUGCACCCGUUACGUCGGCCAGCUUUCAUCCAAAGAAUAGUCAAAUCAUCUUGGCUCUAUUGAGUACGGGCGAGGCGUAUCUCGUAGACCUGAGGAAGCAGCACCGAGGGAGGGUAGAACUGUUUGAGGUGCAGGAUGAGAGUGAUGAGGAAGCGCAGAUGUCUGCCCCCAGAUCUGACAUGACGGUGGCUCGAUUUGACCCGACUGGAAAGCACAUAUUCGUGGGGACUUCCUUGGGCCACAUUCUUGUAUUCAAUACACGAACGAAAUCUAUGGUCGCCCGACAUAAAGUAUCAGGCGCGGGUAUCAUGCGAGGUUUGGAUUUCGCAAAAUCCGGUCGACGACUCGUCACGAACUCUUCCGACCGGACACUACGACAAUUCAACCUACCCACCUACCCGCCACCUAAUGAUGCUCGGGAAUACAUAGAAGUGGAACUCGAACCGACACAUCGCUUCAAUGAUCCGAUUAGCAGGGCUGCAUGGCAUGCAAUGUCCUUCAGUCCGGAUGGAGAGUGGCUUGCUGGAGGUGCGGCGGAUCCCGCGACUCACAAGAUAUAUAUUUGGGACAUCUCCAAUGAUGGUCAGUUUGCGAGUACGCUAGACGGUGGGCGAGAGCCCUUGGUUCACGUACAUUGGCAUCCUACAAAACCUUCAAUAUGUUCGACGACAAAAGAGGGUAACGUUCUAAUAUGGCAUUGUCCAACACCUGAGCGUUGGGGAGCUUUCGCCGGUGGGUUUGAAGAAGUGGAUGAGAAUGUGGAAUACGAGGAACGUGAAGAUGAGUUCGAUAUCGAGGACGAGAGCGAAAUCGCACUUCGAAAGAUGAAAGCUGAGGAAGAGGAGAUAGACAUCCUAUCCGGUGUAGACACUGGUGCACAACAAGAGAAUCAACGAGGCCCGACCAACGGCGACGAUGAUGAGGAAACGACGUGGGCGACUGAGGACCCGGAUGAGGAUGAGGAUGGGUGGAGGAUGAAGCUGUGGAUGGAGGACGAUGAUUUGAUGAUGUAGUCAUGUCAUAGCCCUGUCGUCUGCGCGUUUUUCGAGUUGGUGGACUUCCC